CAGCCAACUGCCGCACAACACACUGAACGGAUUGUUUUGUUUUGUCGGCCGAUUUUGCCGAAUAUAACUACGUUUAUAUCUUUAUCUUCUGGUCCAAGUACACACCAUGGCCUUCCUCUACAUACUGGGCUGGAUCUCCCUGGGCAUACAGAUCGUGUUCCUGACGCUAUCCAUAGUGGCCGGACUCUAUUAUCUGGCGGAGCUGGCGGAGGAGUACACCACGGCGGCGAGGAAGUGCAUCCUCUUCCUGAUCAGCUUCACGAUCUUCGUCUACAUCCUGCUGAUGCUCUUCGAGGACCUCCCCUGGAGCCUGAUAAUAUGUGGUUUUGUGGCCCAGGGCUUCCACCUCGGAAUCAUGGGAGGAUUUCCCUUUGUUCGGUUCCUCUCGCUUCCGCUGCUGGGCUCUUUGACCAUGCUUGUGGUCAACCACUUCCUGGCCUUCCAGUAUUUCACCACCGUCUACGUGCCUUUCACGCAGGUGCUGGCCUACUUCACCAUCUGCAUGUGGAUCGUUCCCUUCGCCCUGUUCGUCUCACUCAGCACGAAUGACAGUGUCCUGCCCACUACGGUCAGCGAUCAGAGCCGGCGCAGUCCGGACGUGGUCAGCAACUACUUCUCGCGGAACAAGAAGCAGGGCCUGCUUUCCCUGUUCCAGUAUCUGAAAGACACCCUGCUCCCUGGGCGAACCAAGAAGGCCUUCUAGACGUAGUGUAUUUAAUGUUUAUUUAUUUUUGUAGCCGGAAUCGAGACAAAAGUAUACAAGAGCGUAUGCAAACUACGUUUAUGCAAUGACAUUCGCUAUUGACUCAUUGGAAAUGGAGAUUAUGGGAGUUUCAGAGAUGAGCAAAAGAAGGGUAUGAACAACGACGUGUUAGUUCUUAAGAAUACCAGAUAAUCAUCAUUCUAUGUCGCUAUCAACAUGACAGUGACUUAAGUUAAUAGGAUGCCCUUGUAGCGACUUUCGGAUAACCAUAUUUUGUUAUCAUUUCACAGAAUAAAUUCGUUUAUAGUCAUUUUAGAAAUAUCAA